ACAUAUAUUAUACUAUGUUAACGUAAGAGCUAAUCAUAAAGAUCCCAACAAAUCCAACGUAAACAAAAAGUUCAAUCUAAAAUGUUUCGUAAUUUUUCUAGUAAUGGUCUUAAAACUUUGACAUAAACAUUCGUGCGCGAGAUGAGAGACAUUGAUACCAUUAUAAUGAGUUCGUCUGUGCCAACAGACAAUAUACAAGCAUGUUUUUGCUUGUAAGAAUUCUUAACAAGCAUUAAUUUUUAGUUUUCAUGUCUUUAUUUUGCAGUGCGCCCUUUUCCAUCUAGGUGGAUAAUAAUAUGAAUUUCUUCAAUUCAGUAACGCAGUUUAACAUCUACGCGUAUAGACAAAUCCUUUUACUCGUAAUUUAUUAUUAUUAAAAUCUUUGUUAUUGUUUUAAUUAUUUUUUUAAUCUCAAUUCCAUUUAGGUACAAACUUCUCGGUAAUCAACCUAAAAUGCUUCUAGAUAAAAUGAAAGCAGCUCUCAAGAUGUGUCACGACACUUCGGUUAUUAAGAUAGGUAACUAUCGAUAAAUUAAAAAAAGUCAUACGAAUUAAUUGUAAUCCGCAAAUAUUUUAAUUACAACUUGGUUAAGUAACUGUUCUUAAUAAAACCUGUCGGUGUCGUUAACGUAUUAUUAACGGUCGUGAUGGCCCGGAGGGCUGCAAACUGGCUUCGGAGGUACAAGGUUGCUGGGUCAAAAGCGAACCCAAAUGUAAUAGGCAAAUGUUCAUAUGAGAGUGCUUAGACAAUGUUACAACGCAUUAGAAAACUUCAAUAAUAUGAUUAUGACACGCCUUUCUGACACUUGAGAGCGUUAGCGCUUGGGGAAAUGUAACUUUCCUACAGUCCAAGGUCUGCUAACGCCAUACAACAUUUAUUUAUCAUCGAAUGAUCAGAGCUUACUUGCACAGUUAAUAUAAAACUUGAAAGACUUCAAAGCAAAUCAUAACAAUAAUUGCUUCUGAAUUCUCCACGAGAGUGCCGGCUGAUGACGGAUACUGAUAAAAAAUAUCCAUUAAACCGUAUAUUAUUUACUAUCGUUUUGGAUCUGUGUAAAAAAAGAAAACAUUCGUUAAAACUUGCAAAUUUGGCCAAUACGCAAACACGUCUCUUUAAAUGUCUGCAAUAUGUAAAACAAUAAUAUAAGCUAAGUGGAUUAACCUAUGCAUCACACACAGUGGAUGAUGUAUCAUAGCAGAUUCACAUUUUCACUAGAUUCUACACAUGAAUUCCAUCAUAAUUGUUAACUUAGUUCCAGAUGCCUCACGUCACUUCAACACAUGAUGCUGCUUAGGCGCUACUCUUCAGUUUUUCAAGGAGCUCUGUUCCUUCAUAUAUCCAAUAUCAUAGUUUGCGGUACGAAAGAACAUACCUACUUAUAGUUGAAACCAAGCUCUAAAGUAAUACACCGAAUCUAUUAUGGGCUUCACGUAAAAGUCUCAUUUGUUCUUGUCAUUUUCUUGCACUUCUUUUAACGUAAUAUUGGUCAAGCAAACUUGACAUUUUCGUAGUUUAUUUAUCCGUUCAAGAGUCCAAACAUCUGACGACAAUCGAGAUAAAGACAUGAUUAAUGGUUAUACCAAGAUCUUCCUCUUUGUCUUGAGUUUUUGGAAGGGGCCCAGCUGAUAACGAUUUUUUCAUUAACCCUAGCCGACUCUUAGCGCUGAAAUGCAUGUUUUUAAUAAGGGACUACGGAUUUGUGUUUUGUUUUAAGACCAGUUUUCUUUUUCGGCUUUUGUCUACGUUAGUCUUGUAUCUAUCAAAUUCAAACCGCGAGCAACUUUUGUUUGCAUUUUGGAUCCUAUAGUUUCACCUGUUCAUUAAAUUAAUUUAUAGAAAUACACGUUAUAUUAACAACAGGAUACUCCUACGUCCUUUAUUAAAAAGAUAUAAGUGGGAAUAAGUGCAAUUACUAACAAACAACAUGAUAUAAUAUCAGCUGGUCAUAAAAGCCCUUAUUGAUCGUGGCACUGCAAACACCACUUCAUUUUCUAACACCAAUUUACUAUUAUAGUAUACCUAGCGCUAACUCUAUCUACCUAAAUGUAAGUAAGUCAAAAUUUUAGUAUUAAGUCCGUUGGGUUUUUAAUUUCGAUUAUACGGCCUCGAUUAUAAGCUCGAAAUCAUCCUAAGUAGUUUGGGAGGUAGACUCGGUCGGUUUUCUAUCUCUGUAGGCUCUCCGAACCUUCAUUAUCACGCUGCAAAACAGCCUUAAGUGGAAAUACUUUUUUCUUGUCAGUCUGCCGGGCAGACCUAUGUCUUGGCCCCUUCACAAAUUUCAAGACAAUUCACAAUGUCCUAUAUAACUGAUUUGACUAUUCAGCUUCUGACACCAUUCUACCUAAUCAAGUUUACCUGUAAUCUUUAAAAUCGACCUUCUCGGUUUACCAGAAAAUUUUCAGGCAAUGUUUUGUAUCAGCGUAACAGCUUAGAUACUGAUAAUGCUCUAUGAUAACUAGUCCAAUGCGGGUACCAAUUGUUUCUUUUUUUUCCUUAUUUUGGCCCUGUAUUUAUCUCUGCCUUAUUUUCAAUCGUUUUUACAAGAAAAUCUAAAUAGAACAAGCACGUCUACUGUAGUGCUGUUCUGUAAUGCUCUAGAACCAUUUUCAUUUCGGCGAAAGGUUGUAAAAUAUUUCUAACUUAACGCUAAGUACUGGUACUGAUAUUAUUACAGUUAAUGACGCUUAUGUAUACAUAGAUACUUGGCCCAUACAUAAUGUAUGCAACAGGCAGAUACAUGCAUGUAGUGCAAGCAUGCUCGCCUUGACCGAACUCCGCUUAUGUCUGUGUCAUUCAUAACGCCUGCCUGAUGAGAAAAUAAUAUUAGUAAUCUCUGGUCCAUAUCAAAAUUCCAAGUAAAAACGGAAGUUAACGAAUUCUUUUGCAAAUGCGUUUCUUUUUUCCAAUUUUAAUUUUAAAUUUAAGUCUCAUUUCGAUAAUGCCAUUGGAGGACAAGGUUUACGAGAUGUUUAACUAAUUCAAGGUGAUAAUUAAUUUAUUUUAGACUUAAAUUGCCUUUCUCUAAAAAUGUAGAGAUAGCCACUAAUUGAUAAAAUUUAACUUUUUCAAAACUUGAAUUGCUCUCAAUAACGUAGAUAGGUUCAUUAUCAAAAAGGGGAAAUAAAAAAGGAUUAGGUACACACAUGACUCAUAUAAAUCCAGAUCUGCCGAUUACAGAUCAACGUCAUCAAAAUUUCACCUUACCAGUCAGUCAACUCGGUUUAUGUAGCUUGUCAUACAUAGUCAGUCUUUGACUGUCUUCGGCGGACGACAGACGUGCGCUCGGCGCAUAGGACAGCGAUCGCGUGUAAACUUCACGUUGCGUACGUUAUGGCGGGAAAAUAAUUAAAAAGUUUAGAAUACGAAUUCGAAAUAUAAUAGUGUGACAACUUUCUAAGUAAUGAUUAAGUAAAUAUCUUUUGUGAUCGUGUCUACUUUACAAACUUGGACAUAAUGAACCUGUUGUCUUGGAUAAUGUGGCAUUGGUGCUGGGGUUUAUUAGCGAUAACACUAAAAAGUUCAUAUGCAGAAAGGUUCACACUUGGAUACCUCACGGGUUCACAGCGACGACCUGGCGACUACAGUUACCAGCGCCCUGGGAGAGUCAUUUCAGGUGCUAUCUCAAUGGCGGUAGACGAAGUGAACGAGAAGAUCCUAGGCCCAAUGGGCCACUCCCUGGACUUUGUAGUCGCAGAAACAUUCGGACAAGAAGAAGUCUCCAUUCGGCAGGUGGCGGCUUUGUGGGCAGCCAACGUGUCGGCGUUCAUCGGACCGCAAGAGACGUGUGUGCACGAAGGACGCAUGGCCGCAGCUUUCAAUCUCCCGAUGGUUAGCUACUACUGCCGAGAUGUGGCCAGCUCGAACAAGCGUGUGUAUUCAACGUUCGCCCGCACCAGACCGUCGGACAUCGAUAUCUCUCGCUCCGUAGUCGCCGUCCUCACGCAUUUCAAUUUCAUGCAUGUGGCGUUCGUGUACUUAAAAGCUCCGAACCACGAUUUUUCACGUUUAGCGCUGGCAAUAAUAGCUGCAGCGAGAGAAAAGCAAAUAACCGUUCGCACAGUGCAAGUGUACCGGCAGCCUUAUUACUACGAAAAUAGACGGGAGAACUUCACUCGUAACCCCUUCCUGGACAUCGUUCGUGAAACGUACAAAGACACGAGAAUAUACGUCUCGGUAGGAUACUACCACGAUCACAUCGGAUUAAUGCUGGCAUUGGAUGCCAUGCAGCUUCUUGAUUCAGGUGAAUAUACAGCAAUCGGCGUGGACGUAGACAAGUAUGAGACGGAGGAGGCAGUCCGCUACCUGGCCGGCCCUCUCCGAAAGGAACCUUCCGCCAGGACCAUCAAGGCGUUUCGGUCUUACCUGGCUGUUGCCCCAUCACCGUCGCCUUCAUAUCCAACCUUUGCCAGGGAAGUGAAUAGGCGAUUACAGAUGCCGCCGUUCAACUUUACGAACCCUCUUCUGGCGCUUGGUGGUGGAAAAGUGAUCCCAGUGGAAGCAGCAUGGCUGCAUGACUCUGUGUGGGUGUAUGCGCGUGCGCUGGCCGAGGCUCUGACCAAUGGCGACGGUCCUCGCGAUGGUAGAGCUAUCGCCGCUCGCAUGAGAAACACCACAUACCACAGCGUGAUGGGGUACUGGAUUCACAUGGACGAGCAUGGCGACGCGGAGGGCAACUACACCUUACUCUCGGUGGACCCUUCCAAGCCACCCGGACUCUACCCGCUUGCUGUUCUACACAAAUCCGCACCGGAAGUACGCUUUCUCCGUGAAAUGAACUGGCCAGGUGGACAAGUGCCCCUCUCAGAGCCACCUUGUGGAUUCAGAGGAGAAAAAUGCGUCAGUCAUAUUGGAGCAUGGGCCCUAGGCGCUUCAGGAGGGACGCUCGCCCUCCUCGCACUAGCUGCCCUAGCCCUAUAUAGGGGCUGGCGUUACGAACAAGAGCUAGACUCGUUGCUCUGGAAAAUAGACUUCAGAGAAUUACAUUUACCAGACGAAGAACAACGUGCCAACAAACUGAAUAGCAAUGCGGGCGGCAACGUGAACUCAUCAACAAAUGCUGUUUCGGAGAAGAACGGUGGAGGCAGUACGGGCGGAGUGAGGUCAAGUCAGGUAUCCCUCAGUUCAAACCCUGACCUCGACUUCCGUUACUCCGCCAUAUUCACCGAGGUAGCCUUCUACCGCGGCAGACUGCUCGCCGUCAAACGCGUCAGGAGACACCACAUCGAUAUCAACAGAGAAAUUAAGAAGGAGCUUAAAAUUAUGCGGGAUUUGCAACACGAUAAUGUGAACGGAUUUGUUGGCGCGUGUAUUGAACCUCCGAACGUUUGUGCUCUCUCCGAAUACUGUACUAGAGGCAGUUUGAAGGAUAUCCUCGAAAAUGAAGACAUAAAGCUAGAUAACAUGUUCAUCGCAUCUCUGGUUGGGGAUAUUAUAAGGGGUAUGAUAUUCAUUCACGAGUCACCCUUACAAUACCACGGCGCACUACGGCCGUCGAAUUGCCUCGUCGAUGCCCGAUGGGUUGUCAAACUCGCAGACUUUGGGCUGAGAGAAUUUCGGAAAGGAGAAAUGCCUCCAUCUGAAUCCGUUGCUCUAAGAUCGUAUAUUGAAAGUUUAUCCUACCUGUCACCAGAACUGCUACGAGCAGCCGGUUGGGGAAAAGAAACGACGAACAUGACGGAAGAACAUCGCGACGGGUCGCCACAGUCUGACGUAUAUGCGUUCGCUCUGGUUCUGUAUGAGCUCCAUACACGGCGUGGGCCGUUUGGAGGGGAUGCCCUGCCCGCACCCUCGCUGCUACACAGGAUAGCAGCCCCGGACCCUGUGCCAUACAGACCUCCGCUGGACGCAUUAUCUGGUCGUUUUGACUGUGUGCGGGAAUGCUGCUCUGAAUGUUGGGUCGAAGAACCGUCAGCUCGACCUGAUUUUAAGGCAAUUCGCACUCGGCUACGACCUCUACGAAAGGGCAUGAAACCAAAUAUAUUCGAUAACAUGAUAGCCAUGAUGGAGAAAUAUGCUAACAAUUUGGAAGCUCUGGUAGACGAGCGAACAGAUCAACUGCAGGAGGAGAAGAAAAAGACAGAGGCUUUAUUAGAAGAAAUGCUGCCAGCCCCCGUGGCAGAACAAUUGAAGCGUGGCCGACGUGUCAUGCCAGAGAGCUACGACUCCGUGACCAUUUACUUUAGUGACAUAGUCGGCUUCACAGCCAUGUCGGCUGAAAGCACCCCACUACAGGUGGUAGAUUUCCUGAAUGACCUUUACACGUGUUUCGACUCCAUUUUGGAAAAUUUCGACGUGUACAAGGUUGAAACUAUAGGCGAUGCUUAUAUGGUGGUUUCCGGUCUACCUAUUCGCAAUGGCAUAUCCCACGCUGGUGAAGUGGCAUCCAUGGCUUUAGCUUUGCUCUCUGCUACAAGAGCGUUUCGUUUACGACAUCGUCCUGAACAUCGACUUAUGUUGCGUGUUGGCAUACACUCAGGUCCAGUGUGUGCCGGAGUCGUGGGUUUGAAAAUGCCAAGAUAUUGCCUUUUUGGCGAUACAGUCAACACUGCUAGUCGUUUUGAAUCAACUGGAGCCCCACUAAAAAUCCACUGCAGUGCUGCAUGCAAGGCAUUGCUUGAUCAAUUGGGUGGAUACAUUCUGGAGGAGCGUGGGAUAGUGGCCAUGAAGGGUAAACGCGACCAAGAGACAUACUGGCUGCGCGGUGAAGAGCCAGCCGCGGCCGCCGCGCGAGCCCGCCAGCGCGCCGCUCGGGCCGCCGCGCCUGCUGCGCCUGCCACAGACCUUAGAGGACAGAGGAGCUCCCUCAAGGCCAGGAACUGGAAGAACCAAGUUGGCGGACUACACAGAUGUUGCAGUUUAGAAUCUCCGAAAAAGUUACGUUUUGCAUCUGGGAACCACUUAGAAUCGCAUACUGACGGUGUGCUUCAUCACCGCAGCGACGAGUAUCUUAUGGAAGUUGUUGGUGACGGCAGACUAGUCCCGGCGCAGCGCAAUGACUUGUUGGAGGCGCCGAGCCUCAGACACGAGUUCACAAGCGUAUCGUGUCCUAUCAUCGAGCACACGGAGAGCGCGCCCGCGCCGGCGGCGGAAGUGGGAGUAACAGCGCCCCCGCGCUCCUCUCCGCCGCCGCCGGAAGACAACGCGCCGCCGUGCGAUAUCAAGCUUGUCAUCAACGGCUGCUCGUACAACGACGCCGCGGCCAUCCCACUUCUAGCGGACGCCUAAUCUUACUAUUUGCAUUUGUACUUACGAUGUAAUCCUAGUCAAUGACAGCGAUUUAUGCAUCUCUGUGUGCUGCAACGUUUUGAGCAUAGCUCGGAAAUGUGGUACAACGGUGCGAGAACGGUUAUAUGGAG